GCUAACAGCCGGAGACAGUAAUGGCGGCGUCGGUGUUGCUGGCGGACAACACCGGACUCAACUUCACGGUUGGAGGCGGAAGCGCCGGGAAUGUUUUAGUUGGGAGUAAUAACGGAGUGGGAGCGGCGGGCCCGGUGCCCUGGAACCGCUCAGUGGACCGGGCUCUGGAGGAAGCCUCGGCCACCGGGAGCCUGAACCUCAGCGGCCGGAAGCUGAAGGAGUUCCCGCGGAGCGCUGCUAACCACGACCUGUCCGACUGCACCAGGGCCGACCUGUCUCGUAACCGUCUCUCGGAGCUUCCUCUGGAGGUGUGUGUCUUCGUGUCUCUGGAGAGUCUGAACCUUUAUCAGAACUGUCUCCGCUCGCUCCCCGACAGCCUGCUCAACCUGCAGGCCCUCACCUACCUGAACCUGAGUCGGAACCAGCUGGCCGUCCUCCCUGUGGUCGUGUGCACGUUGCCUCUCAAGGUUCUCAUCGCCUGCAACAACAAGCUGGUCUCCCUCCCCGAGGAACUGGGCCAGCUCCGCCACCUCACCGAGCUGGAUGUGAGCUGUAAUGAGAUCCAGACUCUGCCGUCUCAGGUCGGCCAGCUGGAGGCGCUACGAGACCUGAACAUCAGGAGGAACCACCUGGUUACACUUCCCCCAGAGCUGGCGGAGCUUCCUCUGGUGCGUUUGGACUUCUCGUGUAACAAAGUGACGUCGAUCCCCGUCUGCUACCGUCGCCUCACGCAGCUGCAGACCAUCGUCCUCGACAACAACCCCCUGCAGGCCCCCCCCGCACAGAUCUGCAUCAAGGGGAAAGUUCACAUAUUUAAAUAUCUGAACCUGGAGGCCAGCAAGACCACGCCAGACCUGCCAGACUACGACCGGAGACCUCUCACCUUCAGCUCCUGUGUGGACGAGCUGUAUCCCGGUCGUCCGUACGGAGCGUUGGAUUCUGGGUUCAACAGUGUCGACAGCGGAGAUAAGAGAUGGUCGGGCAACGAGCCGACAGAGGAGCUGUCAGAGCUGCCACUGAGAGUAGCCGAGAUCAGCAGAGAUCAGAGACACAGACGAGAGGACGGCCGAGGAGGAGCUGCGCUGGCCAACGGGACACAUGUGGAGUUGGAGCAGAUUGACUUCAUAGACAGCUGUGUGGGGGAGGAGGAGGAGGAGGAGGGGAGGAGUCGAGCAGCAGCAGCGGCGGCGGCAGCAGCAGCAGGGGGAGGAGACAGUGCCAGCCUCAGCUCACAGUUCAUGGCGUAUAUAGAGAGACGCAUCACCAGAGAGGGUUCGCCCGUUAAAACCAACUCAUCCAGAACAGAAGACACGAGGAGACACAACAGGAGUGUGGUGGACGGAGUGACGGCGCCCUCUAGCUCCCACAAUCAGAGAGGGGGGGGGCUCAGCUCAGGGGGGGUGGAGAGGAUGAGAAGGGAGGCUCAGCUCGCUGCUCUGAGGUACGACGAGGAGAGACAGAAAACACGCUCCCUGCAAAGAGACUCUGUCAGCAGCUACAGCAAGCAUAAAGCUCAGAGUCCAACGAAGACGAGUCCAGACAGUGAGAGUGUGUACCCCUCCAGACGCUCCACCCACACAGACGACUCCGCGCUCUUCAUGGGAGAGGACCGAGCCGCUCUGUCUCCUACAGCCAAUCAGUCGCCUUCGUACCCCGGCUCUGGGGGCGUGGCCUCCUGUCGGACCGCCAGCGUGAGGCCGGAGAGCUUCCUGUAUCGCCUCGGCCAGAAGGAGGAGAAGAGGAGAGGUGACGCUGCAGCUGCUCCUCAGAACCAGGAAGAGACUCCUGCUGCUCCGCCUCUGAUGGGAGAAGACGCACAGCUGGUGGAGCAGCUCAGAAAGAACAUCGAGGCUCGCCUGAAGGUGUCGUUGCCUAGCGACCUGGGAGCAGCGCUGACAGACGGCGUGGUACUGUGUCACCUGGCCAAUCACGUGCGACCACGCUCCGUCCCCAGCAUCCACGUCCCCUCCCCCGCAGUGCCUAAACUCACCAUGGCCAAAUGUCGACGGAACGUGGAGAACUUCCUGGAGGCGUGUCGCAGGAUCGGCGUCCCACAGAGUCAGUUGUGUCUUCCUCUGCACAUCCUGGAGGAGCGAGGGCUCCCUCAGGUGGCCGGGACCGUCGCCGCCCUGCUCGACCUGGCCCCGCCCCGUCACCCGGCAACCAGCAGCACCACGACGACGUCAUCGACCACAGCCGGACCCUCCGUCACCAUGUAGACGACGCUAACGCCGCCGCCGCCGCACACGCUCAGUCUGUCUCCUGUCGUAGGAUCUGGACCUGAUGGAGACCUGAACGCAGCGAGGAUCCGAACACACACACUGACACACGAGUAACACUAACAUGAUCACAUGACAUCAGAGCGUCACGUGACCCCGCCUCUUACGAUUGGACGAGACAGAUUUGUGUUUAACGAGUCCGAGAAAAUAAUUAAACAUUAAAAAUUAAAACGACAGGUGAGAAAAGAAAAAAGAUCAGCUGAUGAUUCAGUUUGUUUGUUUUUGGAUUUUUUACGAUAUAACCCAAAUUUAUCGUACACGUUUCACACUCACAAACUUUAUCUGACGUUAACUUUAAUUUUAUACGUAUUUAUUUAUGAAUCUACGAAACAAUCUGAAUCCAAAUAAAAUCAUGUUCAAGUUAAAAAUCUUAACAAGAAAUUAGAAUUCGUACAAAUACGAAAAAACAAACUAUUUAUUAUUUCUCCAUCGACACUGAACUGUAACGGGGCUCGAUGCUAACAGCUAACGAUAGCUAACGUAGACGUACAGUUAUUAAUGACACUAAUCUGGCUCGCUGCUAACGAUACAGUUGGACUGGAAAUGACGCUAACGUAAAGAAAGUUACUGCUAAUGUAAAACUGAAGUUUUUGUGGUUCAGAGACCUACGCUAACAUACGCUAACAUUAUAAACCUAGCCGGUGUGGAGUUUAAGCUAACACAGCUAACUGUAGUUAACAUUAGUUACUCUGUUUGAGGUUGAUUACGCUAACAAUGCUAAAUGCUAAUGAUGGUAAACAUACACAACAUGAAACUUGAAACAGUUAGCUUCAAAUAUUAGCUAACAUUAAUGUACUGACAGCUGAUGCUAACUGCUGGCUAACAUAAAUAGAAGGAGCGGGUUUGAAAAUGGUAACUGGUAGCAUUAGCUAACGUUAUGCACAGAAUAUUUUUAAGUUGAGUGGAAAUCUUAAAAAUAAACAAUCUGAUAUUAGGUUAAAGUUUUUAAACAUUAGUUAACUUUAGCCGGGUUAGGGUUAGCAUAGACUUCAGCUAAUGGACGUUUCUGAGCUAACGUUAAUGUGCUGGGUUUUGUGUUUAAGCUAACGUUGCUUCAUGCUAACGUCAGUAAAGGUGGUUUACAGUUUACAUCAUCAAUGCUAACAGCUAACGAUAGCAAACAUGGAUGUACAGUGAUUGUUUUAAACAUGCUAACAUUAAGCUAACACGGCUAGCUGUAAAGUUAGCUAACAUGGCUGCACACUAACGUAGCUUCAUGCUAACGUAGCUGUAAUCAGUCGGAGCUUCAGUCGGUGUUUCGUGUCUCCACCAAAUCCAAAAUAUUUAAAGUCAGUUUGGUUCUUUAUUAAGUUCCGAUCUUGGACCUGCGUGAUCGUUCUUCAUCAGUGAGGAUGAUGAUGAUGAUGAUGAUGAUGAUGAUGAAGAGGAGUCAGACUGAAGCAGAUGUUACAGUGACUGAAGGUCCUGAUUGGCCGAGGAGGAUCAGGUGACCCGUCAGCGUGUCAUCAUGGAAACGGACAGCCGGCUGUUUUUUUAAUCUUUUAUUAAAUGUUUGUGUACAAAUAUAUUCUGUAAAUAUAAACAUAUAUAUAUAUAUAUAAAUAUAUAUAUAUGAGGCUGGAACGUGUUGCCAUGGCAACGCGGAGCAUCAUGGACGCUCAGAGUCCCGAAUCAAAGGUCAAAGGUCAAAGAAUAUGUUAAAGAAACUGACAGAAAUCCAAAUUAACCUCAUUAAUCACCUGUUCACACCUGUUCUCACUUUUCCACACCUGCUCACACCUGUUCACACCUGC